AUGUCUCUUCUCAACAGUCUCAUUAUUUUUGUAAUCUCUAUCUCCUCGCUCCUUCCUGCUGUCAUGGGAAAUAGCUUGCAAUUUCUGUCUCAAGACAACAUCGAACGCACCAUCUUCUUCACCCCGAAUGCCGGCUCUGCUGAAGUUUCCAGCUUAUUUGUUCCAGCGACUUCUGUGAACGGAAAUGCAGUUGUUCGCUUUCCUCAAGGCUGGAGCGGUUCCUUCAAAGCUGUUCUUUCAGGAGAAACCCCAGACGUUCCCAAGAUCACUGGUGAAAUCACAUUCCAGGGCUGGCAAGAAGAAACUUACUACACUGUUUCUGCUGUUCAGAAUUGUUGCGAUAACUCGGGAAUUCGAACCCUAGCGUCCCAAUUUACCAGCCCUGUAUCUGGUUGCAUUCUAGGCCCGUUUCCCUGUACUGAUUCUUACUCCAGACCUGGUGAUAUUCAGGUCAAGAGUUCUCCGCAUGUGGAUUUAAUGUGUCUCUUAGGUGAAUUCUAG